AUGCCGCACAUCCAGGAGGAACCCAGGUUUUCGGCACCGGCUGAGGUCCACCCUUUCGUCGGAGUUCUCUCUGACAUGGACGGGAGCCUCAUUGACUCCACAGAGGCUAUAGUCAAACACUGGCACAAGAUCGGAAAGCAGCUCGGUGUGGACCCGAACACUAUCUUGGCAACGUCUCACGGACGUCGCUCGAUAGACGUGCUCAAGCUCUACGAUCCGAGCUUGGCAACCUGGGAGUAUGUGUGCCAUGUUGAGGGGCUCAUCCCGAAGGAAUUUGGCCGAGACGCCGUGGAGAUCCCGGGGGCUCGCGCGUUCCUCGACAGACUCGAAGAGGUAGGGGCUCGUUGGGCUAUUGUGACUUCCGGUACCCGGCCCCUCGUGACUGGCUGGCUCGACGUCAUGAAGCUCGCGCACCCCAAGAACCUGGUUUGCGCCGAAAUGGUUGAGAACGGUAAACCCGAUCCUGCGUGCUACCUGCUUGGCCACUCAAUGCUGGGACUGCCCUCGGGCGAACCUGUGCUGGUGGUCGAGGACGCUCCGUCUGGCGUGCUGGCCGGAAAAGCUGCUGGUUUCAAGGUGGUGGCACUGGCAACAACGCACACUGUUGAUCAGCUGAAGGAAGCCGGUGCGGACUGGAUCGUGCGCGAUAUGCGAAGUGUCACGCUCAAGGCGUACGACAACGAGAGCGGCCGAAUCAGCAUUGAAAUCUCCGACGCCUUGCAAGAAUAG